AUGGAGGUUGAGAUGGUGAUUUUCGUGUUCCUGGUGCAGAUUGCUUGCUGGCUUCUCGAUUUUUCACCAAUGGCAAAGAUUAGUUGCUUUGGAGGAUCCGCAGAGAAGGAUAUCCGAAGGGAGCCUUCAGCAACAGAAAAUGGUGCUUAUGAUUAUACUAGAAGCGGAAAUCCCACAUGGUUCUUCAUUCUCUGCACAGUAUUUAUUGUAAGCUUUUUAUUCAUUUCUAUUUUCAGCCUUUCAGCAAAGCUUGAUAAAGCAGAUCGAGCAUUUUGUUUCACCAGUGGAAUGGCUGCUUUGGCUGCUGUUGCUCAUCUUGUAGGAACAGGUGAGGAGAUUGUUGCUGGAUAUGACAUUUAUGGAGGUUCCGAUUGGUUACUAUCACAAGUAAUUCCAAAGACUGGAGUUGUGGUGAAACGAGUGAACACAAGUGAUUUAGGUGAGGUUGCAUCUGCUAUUGGCCCCUCGACGAAGCUUGUGUGGCUGGAGAGUCCUACCAAUCCUCGACAAAUCAUUUCUGAUAUUCGUAAAAUAGCAGAGAUGGCUCAUGCACAUGGUGCUAUUGUGUUAGUGGAUAACAGUAUAAUGUCUCCUGUAUUGUCACAGCCACUGGAUCUAGGAGCAAACAUUGUUAUGCACUCGGCCACAAAGUUUAUUGCUGGACACAGUGAUGUCAUGGCAGGUGUUUUAGCUGUUAAAGGCGAACAGCUUGGCAAACAGUUAUAUUUCCUACAAAAUGCAGAAGGCUCUGGGGUAGCUCCAUUUAACUGUUGGAUUUGUUUACGAGGAAUUAAGACAAUGGCAUUGCGUGUUCAGAAGCAACAGGAUAAUGCUAAAAAAAUUGCCGAGUUCCUCACGUCCCAUCCACAAGUGACACAAGUUAAUUAUGCUGGGCUUUCUGGCCAUCCUGGACGUGCCUUGCAUUAUUCUCAGGCAAAAGGUGCAGGAUCUGUAAUGAGUUUUCUAACCGGUUCACUGGCGCUAUCAAAGCAUAUUGUCAAGACUACCAAAUACUUCGGUGUAACUGUCAGUUUUGAGAGUGUGAAGUCCCUUAUAAGCCUGCCCUGCUUCAUGUCUCAUGCAAGCAUACCAUCUGCAGUGCGUGAGGGCAGAGGUCUAUCAGAGGAUCUUAUUCGUAUUUCUGCGGGGAUAGAGGACGCAGAUGAUAUGAUUGCUGAUUUGGACCAUGCGCUUAAAACCGGCCCUCUGUAG